CAGCCCCUCCCGCGAGCUGCCACUGCUCCCUCCUCUCCUCCUCCUCUUCCCUCUUCUCGCCUCCAAAUCUUUUCGUCAGAGGGCCUAGCCACCGCUCGGACAGCUCCGCGCGCGGCGAGCGAUCCAGGCGACCAUGCAGGCGGCGACGGCGGCUAACGGCGGGCCGGGUGACGUGCAGAAGCAGCAGCAGGUGGGGGCGCCGCCUCCGACGGUGGCGGCGUUGGCGCCGCCGCCUCAUUGGGUGGCCAUGCCGUUCGCGCCACCCGGGGCCGCGGCCAUGGUGAUGCCGCACCAGAUGGCACCGGCGCCACCCCAGUUCGCGCCCCACUUCGUGCCGUUCCACGCGGUCGCCGCCCCGCCGCCCCCGCCGCUGCAGCCGCGGCCGGCGCCCGUGGCCGUCGCGCUGGGCUCGCCGGCCGCGCAGGGCGGCCAGGAGGAGAACAAGACCAUCUGGGUCGGCGACCUCCAUUACUGGAUGGACGAGAACUACCUCCACAGCUGCUUCGGCUAUACCGGCGAGGUUGUUGCCAUCAAGGUUAUUCGUAAUAAGCAAACUGGACAAUCGGAAGGAUAUGGAUUUGUAGAAUUCUACAGUCAUGCUGCAGCUGAAAAAGUACUUGAUGGUUUUGCUGGUCAUAUAAUGCCAAAUACUGACCAACCUUUUAGGAUAAACUGGGCAUCAUUUAGCAUGGGGGAUAGGCGUUCAGACAUUGCUUCAGACCAUUCCAUAUUUGUAGGCGAUCUUGCUUCUGAUGUCAAUGAUGCCACAUUACUAGAGAUUUUCUCCAGCAGGUACUCCUCUGUUAAAGGUGCAAAAGUUGUCAUUGAUGCUAACACUGGUAGAUCCAAAGGCUAUGGUUUUGUGAGAUUUGGAGAUGAUAGUGAGAAGACACACGCCAUGACUGAGAUGAAUGGGGUGUAUUGCUCUACUAGGCCCAUGAGGAUUGGUCCUGCGACUCCAAGAAAAUCUUCAGGUAAUUCUGGGUCCACUGGUUCAUCUGCUCGAUCAGAUGGAGAUUUGACAAACACAACAGUAUUUGUUGGCGGGCUCGACCCAAAUGUUAGUGAAGAUGACCUUAGGCAAAGCUUCUCCCAGUAUGGUGAGAUUUCCUCGGUGAAGAUUCCUGUUGGGAAACAGUGCGGCUUCGUGCAGUUUCUUCAGAGAAAGAAUGCAGAAGAUGCACUACAAGGGCUAAAUGGGAGCACUAUUGGAAAACAGACCGUACGCCUUUCUUGGGGUCGCAAUCCUGCAAACAAGCAGUUGCGGAGCGACAAUGGCAACCAGUGGAACAACGGGAUGUACUACGCGGCAUCGCCAUUCUACAACGGCUACGGCUACCCGGCAGCGCCGUUCCCUGAUCCGGGCAUGUACACAGCCGCCGCCUAUGGCGCCUACCCGUUCUACGGGAACCAGCAACAGGUCAGCUGAACAAGAGUAGCACAGGCCGAUCACUCAAAAAAAUUGGAGGCUCAUUCACGCACGAGCGGUAGCCGUAGCUCUCGCUAGAGGAAGAAGAUGGUAGACGACGGCAGUUUCUUAGGUGAGCUAGAUGUAGUGACUGGUUAUGUAAAGUACAUUACUUAUUAUUACGAGAACUAGCACCACUAAGACACGUAUUGGCUCUAUCACCAUGGCCUGCUGGAUUCUUCCAGGGAAAAAAAAAUCGGCCUGGAGCUUCGAUAUUAAUUAAGGUAGAACAAUAAGUUAUUCAAUACCUUGGUGUGCUGUUUCUAGUC